CCCUGCCAGCUGCUGCUUUAAUGCCUUCCCGCGCAUCGCCCUUCUUGGGGAGGAGUGUGCGGCCCUGCUGAGGUGGCACGUCCAUGCCAGGCCUGGUCCUCUGCCGGGCACUGGGAGCUGACAGCAAGCGCCUGGUCUCCCAAGCUGGGCCUUUUGACGGUCCAGGGGAAGGUGGCUCGUCGGUCCCGUCUGGAUGAAACGCAUGACGCUCCUUCGCCUUAACCGAACGGGCAACCUAGAUGGAGAGGUGAAUUACAUGCCGGUUCCCUCCCUGAAUGAAUCGCCACGGUUUGCUUGCAGAAUACAGCCGCUUUGAGUCUAAGAUUCAUGAUCUCAGAGAGCAGAUGAUGAACAGCAGCAUGAGCUCGGGAUCCGGGUCGCUUCGGACGAGCGAAAAGCGGUCCCUCUACGUCCGGGCCCUCUUCGACUACGACCGAGCGCGAGACAGUUGCUUGCCCAGCCAGGGACUCAGCUUCUCCUACGGCGACAUCCUGCACGUCACCAACGCCUCAGACGAUGAGUGGUGGCAGGCAAGGCUGGUGACGCCGCGCGGGGAGAGUGAGCAGAUUGGCGUCAUCCCCAGCAAGAAGAGAGUGGAAAAGAAGGAGAGGGCGCGGUUGAAAACGGUGAAAUUCCAUGCCCGGACUGGGAUGAUCGAGUCCAAUCGGUCGAUCAAAACGAAACGUAAAAAGAGUUUCCGCCUCUCCCGAAAAUUCCCAUUUUACAAGAGCAAAGAGAACAUGGCGCAGGAGAGCAGCGGACAGGAACAAGGUGUGACAUCGAACACCAGUGACAGCGAGAGCAGCUCCAAAGGACAAGAAGAUACGAUUCUGUCCUACGAACCUGUGACGCGGCAAGAGAUUCACUACGCGAGGCCGGUGAUCAUCCUGGGACCCAUGAAAGACCGGAUCAACGACGACCUCAUCUCGGAGUUCCCACACAAAUUUGGCUCCUGUGUGCCACACACCACCAGGCCCCGGCGUGAGAAUGAGGUGGACGGGCAGGAUUACCACUUCAUGGUGUCCCGGGAGCAAAUGGAGAAAGACAUCCAAGACAACAAGUUCAUCGAAGCUGGGCAGUUCAACGACAAUCUCUACGGAACCAGCAUUCAGUCUGUGCGGGCCGUGGCGGAGCGGGGGAAGCACUGCAUUCUUGAUGUGUCUGGCAAUGCGAUCAAGAGGCUACAGCAAGCGCAGCUGUACCCCGUCGCAAUUUUCAUCAAGCCAAAAUCCAUUGAAGCGCUCAUGGAGCUGAACCGGAGGCAGACAUACGAGCAAGCAAACAAGGUGUUUGACAAAGCCAUGAAACUGGAGCAGGAGUUUGGAGAGUAUUUUACAGCCAUUGUACAAGGAGACUCUCUGGAAGAGAUUUACAAUAAAAUCAAGCAGAUAAUAGAGGACCAAUCUGGGCAUUAUAUUUGGGUCCCAUCCCCUGAGAAACUGUGAAGUCCCCACCCUUCAAUCAACUUGUGAGAAGACCAGAGACCCCUCCCCUAGCCCUCUGCCCCAAAAGGGGGAGCAAGAAGACCACCCCUCUCCCUUUUUUAGAUGGUUGACAAUUGCGUUUUCUAGUCCGGUUUCUUUUUCUUGAGAUGGACCAUCCUCCAUCCAGUGACUGUCCCCACCGCUCCUGCAUGGACCUUCCUGCGGCUCCCUUAGAAAUGGAGACAAACCCCAUUUGAGAGUUUUGUGUGUUUUUUAAUUAAAAAAUUGCAAUCAGCAGUUAACAGUCAGCAAGCCAGGUGGGAGGUGGCAGGUGAGGACUAGCUGCUGAAGCAAUGGACUUGGGCAGCGACCCCCCCGGACACGCGGAGGACUGGCCGCCUGCGCAGCGUUUCCAGGACUGCCGUGAUCGCCAGCACUGUGAUUGAAGGGAAGGCAACAGAAUGCGUUUAUUUAUCUAUGUAUGUAAUUAUAUAUAAUAUAUAUGCUAUAUAUAUUAUAUAUAUGGGCUAGAAAACAUGAUGGGGUUGCUUAAGUGGUACUUUGUUAGUGCAGGAAUUGUGUCGCUGCCAUGCCUCAGCCGUUGGGCACAGAAGCCUGUUACGGCUGUGGUGAAGUUAACAGUCCCACGUGUAUUUGGGUGCUGCUCCAGGGUUUUUCCAAAGCAAAUCCUGUGCAGGAGGCUGCCUUGGGAAAGAGCAGAGAAGCUGGCGUCGCGAGGGAGCAAGCAGAGGGCCCAGAUCCACAUGUGAAGCGACAGCAGUUGAUUUGAGCACGAGAAUGCAAAUGGAUAGUGCUACAUAUUAAUUGCACAUUGUUUUUACGUCACCUGAUGUGUUUGCAUGAGAGGGUGGUUCUUUUUUUUUUAAGCUGGUGUUAAACCAAAAUCAUGUUUGUGUUGGUGUGUUGGCUUUUCAUUAUACCAAGCUUUUGAUUUUAAUAAUGAACUGAACGGGUAUACAAUCCAGUUUUUUAACUUAUUUUUUAAGGUUGUUCCAUUGUAAAUAGAUUCGAAACCCAGGCCCAACCUACAGACCAUGUGGAAUGAGCACACCAGCUGUUCUGUGUUGCAGGGGGUCACUUUCCUGUAGAAAGACUAAGUUCCAUCCCAUUGACUUGUCCCGAUGGAAAACCAUGGAGUUCCGUGCAGUGAGAAUCUGGCCGCAGCAGCAGGCAAUGGGGAGAGAAGCUGUGUUUUGGAGGGACAUGGUACUUCGCCCGUGCGAUGGAAUUUAGGACGGGUUUCUCUGGGAAUCUUUAUCUUUAGUGGAGCUUGGCAAAUUCGGGUGGCAGCGCUCGAAGCCCUUCCUGAACAAGCACCUCCUCGGGCUCUGCACAGAAGAGCGCCAUCUCUCCUGCCCGGCGUUCCUGCGUCUUGCCGCAGAGCGGCCUCCCUGCCAAGCUCUGCGUGUGCGUCAGGACGGCAAAGGGCCAGUGGGAUGCUGAAUGCGCUCUGUGGCGAGGCAUAGACUGUUAGUCUUCCAUGGACUGAGGCUGGCUGCUUCUGGGAAGCUCAUCUAAGUAAUGUCUGUCAAUGUAUCAACUGUCUGGGUGCAAAGUUUCUUGUUGCUCACUCACCAAGAGAAGCAGCUGGAUCAGUGGAAGUCCUGGGAGGAGUUUGCAGGAUUCCUAGUUUGGUACGAGCCCUUGCCUAUUACCCCGGGGGAGAGGGAGAGUAGUCCGUUUUCCUCGCCUUUCCCCCAUCCUCAACUGGUGAUUUGUGCACACCUGGUUUCCACAGAGUGAGACCCAUGGCUGCUGUGGGAGGAGACCCGAGUGUCUCUGGUCCUGACCCGGUGAGAUGGGCCGGGCCUCGGAGUGUAGCGGGGGGGCGAUGCUGCCCACUCCAUCGCUGGCAGGUAGCUGCGUCAUUCAUUGUGUGAUUUGUGCACGGGCUUCAUUGUUCAAUAUGGGUGAAAACUGUCAUCUUGCGGAGAUUCAUUCUGGUAAGCGAGAAGCUUUUCCGUAUAAGCUGGUGUUGCGAGAAACCUCAAGUAGAAGAAGUCUGGUAGUACUACAGCUGUUGUUUGCUGGCAGGACCGCGAAGAACCAAGAUGAGGGAGCUGCGGCCACGCGCGAGUCCCUGGGCAAGGCGACGUGUGCGAGGGGCGGCCCCUGCCUCUGCGCGGUUGGCGUUGCACGGCGCGUUAACAAGGACAGGCCCCCGUGCACCCCAGGAGCAGCUUCUGGGCCAGCUGGUCUCCAGGCUCCAACUCUUUCUUUUCUAAUAGCCUGUCACCUUGUCUUCUAUAGGCCCGUGGAGAAAAGGCCUCUCGUACUCCAUGGCAUAGUUGAGAGUAUCAAUCAUGACACUAGUUGGUUUACCAGUGUUUCUUCCAAGGAGACAUAUAUUUUUAAUAAACAGAACGUUGCAAUGA